CUCACAUGCUACGUCAUCAAACCACCCUACCCCAACUCGUGACCCGACCCAUCCUCUUGUUCCUCUAUUUGAUCCGGCCGACCCUUCCUCUUCUUCUUCACCGAACCGGAAUCGAUUUUUCAACCUAUCAAAAUCUUCUCCCCUGUCACUAAAUCCCCGGAACUCCGACGCCCUCUCCCAUUUCCUUCACUUCAUCGACCAACUCAUCCCCGCCGUCACCUCUCUUCCUCACCGUCCACCCAAUCUUCAGUCAUCUCGUCUCGUCAUCCUCAAUUGGUCUCACCACAAUCCUCGCGACGGCGGUGGACAUGGUUCCAUUUCCUCGAGAGAGAAGCAGGAUAUAACGCCGCUAUUUUCAACUCCGGUGGUGAUGGUGAAUCUUUCCCCUCGGACUGAGUAGUCGAGUUCUAGGUCGAAAUUGCUAGAUCCCUUUCCUGCGACGGAGAAGUCGAAAUCGCUACAUCCAAACUAGGGUGGCAGAACGGUUUUCUGUUAGCAGUUAACCGGACGGUUUCGACCAAACCGACUAGUUUUUGGCUAACCUAAAACCGUCCUCUAGCCGAUUAAUCGUGGUUGGUAACCGGCGGUUAACCGGCUAACCGACCUCUUCUUUACUCCAAAAUGACCCGCACUUCGCUCAAAACGACCCUGCACCAUCCCGCCCAAAACGACCCCAACAGCCAAAACCCUAACGGCCGCCUAACCUGCUUCUCCGUCCUCCCUCCCCAAACUCCUACCUUCUCGCUCGGCGCCGCCCGCAGUCACCCUUUCCCUCCUUCUCGCCGCUGCCAGAUACCAAAGCUAGCUGCCGCCGGUCCUGCGUGCUGCGACUGCUCCUCCAUCUCCCUCGUCGGGUCGCGAAUCGCGACCUUGGCGCCCUCACCAGCCAUCCUCGCCGCCGCCUUCCUUUUCAAUCGUCACCCCUCCACCACCCACCCCGCCGCCUCCAAUCGCGCGACUCCUCCCUCCCCCGCCGGCGAUAGGCUAGCAGCAUCUCCCGUUGAGUUGUCGUCCGCCAUUUUCCUUUCCAUUGGAAAAUCAAUUAUGCGGUUACAUCCAAACCAGCCUCCAUUUUCCAGUUGUCCCGGUUAAACCGAGCCGUAACCGAAAACCAACCGGUCGGUCUGCGGCUAACCUAAGUUCUAGGGCAGUCGAUAGUCGGAAGCUGCAGUCAAUGUCUCGGUUUAACCGAUAACCGAGAAAUUGGUUUUCGGUUAAACUGAAACCGACCGACUGACAGCCCUAAUCCCAACCUUUGAUACCUUCCACACGUUGUUCCUCGCCUGAACUCGGAGCAUCGCCUGUCAGCAGCUCAAGUCAAAGACUCGGCAGAGCACAUGUAGUUAUUCUAUUUCCUUUUCCCUGUUUCCAUUUGGCUAACCAGAAAGCUGCUUCACCGAAUUUCUUUUGCCCUUGUAUCGCUCCAAACGAGUUGAGAUCAAUUGAUUAUCUUUUUUAUAAUGGGAGUUGAGAUCAAUUGAUUGCAUUGAUUAUGGAAAUGAAUUUGAGUUCUCUUUGCUCCUUAAAGCGUUGUUAGUUCCUGUGUUAUUGAUUUAGUUCGGAUUUGUGGAGGAAAUGAUUUGUGCUGGGGCGAGGAAGGUGAAGGCGUAGCGAGGGAGGUGGCGCAGGGGCGGGGAGUCCAACUUCCCCUUUCAUUUUGGGUUAGGAACAGAGAAGGAGGAGGAAGAAACGAAAAGGUGGUUUCGCUUACGACAGCUCCCAAACAGAAGCGGGUUUUCGCUUUCUUGUUUUCUGUCUUCCCACACAUAGUCUCGCGACAAUCUCGUCAAACUCCAUCGGGAAUUGCCUGCUGGGUUUGCACGGCAAUAUGAAACGGAAGGAGGAGAAGGUGGGGGAUGCGACGGUAGAGAUGGAGUAUAAGGCCCUGUUCACUUCCAUUUUCGUUUCCUGUUUUCUGUUUUUAUGUCAUAAAUUUGGCAACCGAAACGAGAAAACUUGUUUACUUUUCAUUCCGUUUUCUAUUCGUUUCCAACUAUGAAAUCAGAAAGUGGCAACUUCCUGCUGUUUUCGGAAACGAAAAAAUGUUGUUUUCACCUGCUUUCAACAUCUGUUUUCUCAAAAACAGAAAACAGAAAUGAAAAUAAACAGGCCCUUAAGGGAACAGAUUCCGGCUCUGUGAGAAAGAAUAGGAAGCGUCGGGUCGGAACGGAUCAAACAGAGGAACAAGAGGAUGGGUCGGGUCACAGGUUAGGUUGGGGUGGGUGAUGUAUGAUUUUUUUUUUUUGUUUUGUUAAAAUAGGCUGAUUUGGCAAUUCUGUUAGCCGAAUCAGUAAACAACCAACCCCAUUAACAGAGACUAACGGAGAGUGACUAAACAAGGACUGUUUUAGUAAUUUGAAUGACCAAAGUUGAUAUUAAUUUUUUUCAAUGACUAAACAUGACACAUUUUAGUAAACUCAGUAACCAAAUUUGGCAUUUACCCUCUUUUUUACGUUCUGAUUUGGCCUUUUUCUUUUCUAUUUCUGAGUGAGAAGUUGAAAAUGAUGCUUUUGACGUUCUCAUAUUUACAGUUAUAGGGGUGUCGUCAAAAUUCCAACUUGUGCCCUACCGGGGGGCGGGGAUAGUUAGCACGCUACAAAGCCACAAAGGGAUGGCAAUUGUCGAACCGAUUUAAUUGGGUGGGUUUAGCAACUGAAAUGAUUUGAUUAGUGGUAUAAUCGAUAUGUGUCGGUUAAACAAUAUAUGUAGAAAUAUGAAAAUCACUUAACAAUAACUGAAUUUAAUCAUAUAUAAAAUAUAUUUGAAAACAAUUUCUUACAAUUCAUAUUGAUAUAUUUAAAUAAAUGAGACAUUCCUAAUAAAACUACAAUUGCUCAUAUUUAAAUACAACAUUUAACGUCAACACCUAAAUGUAUAUACUUAAUCCGACAAAUAACAUCAAAAUUUAACUUUUUAACUCAUAAAAUAAAUAAUAAAUAAAUGUGCUCUUAACUAAAUUCACUAAAAUGGUGUUUUUUCCUUAUAGAUCGUAAAUCGAUCAUACCGGUGAUGUUCGCGCUGAUUCCACGACAUGCACCGAAUGAACCAAAUUCAACCAGUGACAUGCCGGUCGGCGUGACAACCAUGAUGUCUAAGUAAAUCCAAUCAAUUCACUCAAAGCAUGGAAUAUUUAGUGUUAAUUGUUGUAGGUUGUGUGCGGACUUUACUCAUUCAUGAAAUGAGUUGGGUUGGAUAUGAAUUUUGAGAAAUAUUCAAUCUGCUUUCCAUCCAAUCUGAAUUAAAAAAAAAGAUAUCGUUUUAAAAAUGUGUGAUAUAAUAUUAUUAAUUAGUUAAAAUAUUUACAAAGGAUGGAAAAGGAAAAUCAGUGACUGCCAAAAAGUUGCACUCGAUGAACUCUGUACAAUAUAGGGUAAAAUAUCUUGGGUGGAACUUAAGUUUAAGAAUUGGGGUAGACAUACCACUUAAGUUUGAAUAGGGCGUUGGGCAGUGGCGUAACCAGGAUUUCAAUCAAGGUGGGUCCGACGUGAAAAUAGAAAUAUAUAAGAUAAAUUGAU